AUGGCUGGUAAACCAAAGCUGCAAGAUUUUGACUCGAGUACUGUUAUUGCUGUUUCAAAUUGUCGUCGAAGCAAGUUCAAAGUGACAAAUUGCAAGGCACAUAUCAAAUUAAGCGUGGAUCCUAUAACAUUAAAGUUUUGUCUAUAUGGAUUCGUCGAAGCGCACAACCAUUCUCUUGUCGAUACAGACAACAUGGAAUUCACGAAAAAAAGAAGGAAGCUCGAUUUCUUUGAUCAACAAUUUAUUCACAAGCUAAGCCUAAAUAAAAUUGGUGCAACUGUUGCACAUAGGCUACAAUGUUCACUGAAAGGUGGCCACCAGAAUGUUCGUGGUACUAAAACAGAUUACAAAAAUGCUGCUAGGGAUAUACGACUUUUUAUUGGUGAACGAGACGCACAAAUGAUUGUCGAUACAAUGAAUGCUCGUAAAUCGAAUUUGCCCAACUUCUUCUUUGAGUUUACGGUAGUCGGAAAUGAGUUAAGGUCAAUGUUUUGGGCUGAUGAUGUGUCGAAAUGUAACUACGAGGCAUUUGGUGAUGUUCUAGGUUUUGAUGCAACAUAUCAUACAAACCUGUAUAAAAUGAUCUUCGUGCCUUUUACGGGUGUGGACCAUCAUAAAAAAUGUGUGACAUUUGGGGCAGGACUUGUAUAUGACGAAACUAUCGAGUCUUACAUAUGGUUACUUAAAAUGUUCCUCAAAGCUCAUAAAAAACAACCUUUGUUGACCUUAACUGAUCAAGACGCAUCCAUGAAACAGGCUGUUGCUGCUGUCUUUGACAAGUCAAUACAUCGGUUGUGCAUGUGGCACAUUGUUAAAAAGAUACCUGCUAAGAUAUCGGGUGACUCAUCAUCAAAUGCUGAUCUACGUAAAUCAAUACACAAAUUGGUAUGGAACCUGUUUAUCACACCGGCAGAAUUUGAAGAAAGAUGGCAGAUACUUAUGAAUGGCUUAGAGUUGAGUGAUAAUAACUGGUUGAAUGAAAUGUUUUCCAUUCGUGAUCAAUGGGUCCCUUGCUAUUUUCGAGAGUUCAUGAUGUGUUUUGAUAUAGCAAUCGAUGGUCAGCGUCAGAAGCAGCGCCAAGCAGAGUUUGACAGUAACACGACAACGCCGUUUAUGCCUAACAAGAUUCCUAUAGAGAUGCAUGCCUUUGAUAUAUACAACCGUACAAUAUUCCUAGAAGAGCAGAAGGAGAUUUACAGAGGAUUGACACACUGUUUUAUAAUUAGAUGCGAGGAACUUGGUGGUAUUAAGUUCUAUACUAUUGCACAUACGAACAAGAGUUGCAAAAUUGUCAAUGAAUAUAAGGUUGAACUUGAUGUGCGUGAUAACACGGUUUCUUGUACGUGUAUGUGUUUCACUCGUAACGGCUACUUGUGUAGGCAUGUUUUUUUUGUAUUCAGGUUCAACGAGAUUGAUAAGAUUCCUGAUAAAUAUCAGUCCAGCCGGUGGGAUAGGGAUGUGCUUCCAAACAGGGUUCAUGCUAUUUCAAAUAGAUAUGCAGCUGACAAUGACCCAGAGUCUGUAAUAAGGAACGAGAUAUUUGAUUUGAUUGGUCAGUGUACUAUCCAUUUGAGACGUAAACCUGACAAACUGUCUGCACUAUCUACACAAAUAAGAGAGAUCAGAGAUAUCAUAUAUGAGGAGUUUCCAUCUGAACCGGAUUGUAACAAUAAGAGUGCGGUUAUAAGUGAUAUCAUCGGGCAGCCCGAAAACAUUGAAGUUACUAUUCACCCACCACAAGGCAUCAGGAAUAAAGGGUGUGGCACCAACAAGCGGCUAAUUGGUCCGGGAGAGAAAGCUGUAGAGAACCACAAAAAGAACCCGCGUUUAUGUCAUCGAUGUAACAAGUAUGUGUAUGAUCAUGAUAAACGUAACUGUGCGAAAGUGCAAGCUGCUAAAGAGGCGGCAGCAGCAGCUGCUAAAGAGGCUGCAGCCGUAUCUGGUUCUGGUCGUUAA